AUGCGGCGCGGGUCGAAUAGAAACGGUAGCAAAGUGAUUUCCGUGAUGCAGUGUUUCCAACGGAAAUGUCUGCUCAAAUGUGAUGGCUGUGGUGGGUUGAGUAAGUCAUCUGGAUUGAGGCUGUUUCAAGCAAACGUGGCAAUUCUUGCAUUGUCUCAAGCACGUCGGAUGAGGCAUCAAUCGACGGGCCAAAUUGUCUGGCCUAUUAAGGCCACUCUGCUUCAGACAAACCUGCUCAACUUGGCAUUGGGUGUCGAUGGCUGUUAA